GCACUCACAAGGGAGAUAACCCAUCCCCUCGCCCUCUUCCGCCAUUGUACGGAGUGUUGGGGAAAGGCUGACUGUUUGGAUUUGCUCUGAGAGAGGAAAGAUGUCAGACGAAGAAGAUUACAGUUCUGAAGACGAUUUGGAUUAUGUCCCGACAGUGGGAGAGGAAGUGAGUGAGGAGGAAGGGUCCGGAGAUGAGGAAGAUCUCGAUGCCCUGAAUGAAGAUGCAAAACAAGAUGGCAAAGUUGGAGGAAGAAAAGAAAGAUGCAAAAAGAAAAAUGACCUGAUACCAAGAAAGAGGCAGGGAGGCAUCAAGCUGGAUGGUGAGGAGGAGACAGGUGAGCUCCCACAUGGAGAGCCUAACAGCCGGGAUAUGAUGCAGGAGAUUGCCAAGGAGAAGGAGGCAAAGAAGGAGGAACAGGAGAAGAAGAAGGCAGAUGACCUAUGGUCAAGCUUCAUGUCUGACAUGAAAACACCACCUCCAAAAAAGAUUUCCUCCAUAGGACUUGGUGCCCUGACUAGUAUGGCAAAGCCAACCAAGACCACUCCCAAACAAUCACCAUCACAAGCAGCAUCUGAAUCUGGGACCACCACGUCAGGGAAAAUGACCAUCACAAAGGUUUUUGAUUUUGCUGGAGAGGAGGUCAAGGUAACGAAAGAGGUUGAUGUCUCAUCAAGAGAGGCUCAGGAAGAAAUUAAGAAACAACAGACUUCAUCUGAAGAAGCUAAAAGCAGUACACCAACCACAUCGGAGAAGCCAUCAGGUUUAUCUGGCAUUGGUGUGAAGAGGCCGGCUGCAGGAGGGCUGGGUGGGCUCCUCAACAAGAUGGGCAAGAAACCCAAGAUGAGUGUGCUGGAGAAGUCUAAGAUGGACUGGAACACUUUUAAGAAGGAUGAAGGAAUUGAGGAUGAUCUUCAGAUCCACAAUAGAGGAAAAGAGUCAUACCUGGAAAGAAUGGCCUUUCUAAACCGUGCAGAUGUACGUCAGUUUGAAUUAGAGAAAUCUCUUCGUCUGAGUAAGAGCAAAAGGUGAUGCCAGGAGUGUGUUGUGGCGACGGACACAAUGAAAUAUCUAAACAGUGAAACUGAUGACUGCUCGCUCCCAACUUUGUCCCUCCAGUUUGACCAGAAUGAGAACCUGCUGGAGAACUCACUGGCUGGGAAAUGCAAUCUGCAGAAUGCAGGCUUGACAGUGGGCUAGUUGUUGAUGAUGUCAGCUACAGAGACAGGGAUGAAGGAAGGACAUUCAAACCAGCAUUUAUCUACAGUAUUGUUUGUACCCUUCCUGGGAUUGUUUGGUACUGACAUUUGACUGGCAUUAUAUGUUGCUGUCAUUCAAUAGUUCAAGCAUCACUUUAAAGGCUUCAGGAGUGUUUUCUAUAUGUGUCUUUUACAAAAAGAAAUAUUUUAAAAGAGAAAUUUCGUAGUCAAGACUUGGACUCAUGUACAUGAAAACUUUUUUGUCUAACUGUGUCAUUUUGCCAUAGAUUAGAAUUGAAUUUAUUUUAGGGUUUAAGAAUAAACUUAAUUGUACAUGUUG